AUGGCAAGAGACGAAAACUUUCAUAACAAAUACAAAGCCAAGAUCACUGAUUAUGAAGAAAAAGGUUACAUCAGAAAACUACGUGAUGACGAAGCUAAUGUUAUAAAUGACCGGACUUAUUAUCUGCCUCAUUUUGGGGUAAUAAAUCCAAACAAACCUGACAAACUGAGGUUAGUAUUUGACGCAGCUGCUAAAGCGAAUGGUGUGUCAUUCAAUGAUGGUUUGCUUAGUGGUCCUGACCUUUUGAACCCUCUGCCAGCAGUACUUCUCAAAUUCAGAUUAAGAAAAUUUGCGAUCGCAGGUGACAUACAAGAAAUGUUUCAUCAAGUACGUAUCAGAAAAGAAGAUGUCGAUUCGCAAAGGUUUCUAUGGAGAGAAGAUCCGAACAACAAACCAGAUAUCUAUAUCAUGGAAGCAAUGAUAUUUGGAUCAACGUGUUCCCCGAGUACUGCCUUGUAUGUAGUAAACAGCAACGCCAAGAGGUUUCUACAAAUUUACCCAGAAGCAAGUAAAGCGAUCCUCUGCAGUGAAUACAUGGACGAUCUACUAGACUCUACUGAUACAGAAGAAGAAGCUAGAAUUAGAAUACAACAGAUAACAGAAAUUCACAAGUCCGGAGGUUUUAAAAUCUGUAACUGGUUGUCAAAUUCAAAAGAAAUUUUACUUGAAAUACCGGAAGAUUUGAAGACAAACUCUACAAAACUACUGCAACCUGAAAGUCGUCUACCUACAGAACGUAUCCUCGGAAUGUGGUGGGAUGCUGAAACUGACCACUUUUCAUUUCACCGGAACGCCGAAAAGGUACAGUUAGUUGAAACAAGGUAUCCGACCAAACGAGAAGUUUUAAGAGGAGCUAUGUCCAUUUUUGAUCCAUUGGGAUUAGUUGUACCUACUACUAUAAAAGGGAGAAUGAUUGUUCAGGACAUUUGGCGAACAAACAUAACGUGGGACGAAGUUCUUUCGAUAGAACUUAGUAAAAAAUGGCAAGACUGGUUACAAGAAGUAAAAUGUCUGCAGAGCUUCACCAUACCUCGAUGCUAUUUUAACGUCAAAACAAUUGAAGAAGUUGAACUCCAUACGUUUGUUGAUGCUAGUGAAGAGGCCUAUGCAGCAGUUUCAUAUCUACGCCAUGGAUGUGCCAGAGGUACUUACAAGACCAUGCUUGUUAUGGCACGUGCCAAAGUAGCACCACUCAAACAAACAACCAUUCCCCGACUAGAACUCCAAGCUGCUGUUCUUGGAUGCAGAAUAGCUUGUAGCAUCAUAAAAGACAUUGACUUAACUAUUUCUCGUCAGAUAUUUUGGUCAGAUUCUGUAACAGUUUUGCACUGGCUGAAAUCCGACCCUAGACAAUUCAAACAGUAUGUUUCCAAUAGAAUUGGAGAAAUUCAAGAUUUGUCUAAACCUGAAGAAUGGAGAUGGGUUCCAUCAAAACAGAAUCCGGCAGAUGUUGCAACUAGAAGUAACAAAAAGUUUACAUCAGCCAUGCAUUCUGAAUGGAUUCACGGACCCUCAUUUCUAAUGCGAGAAUCUAGUGACUGGCCAAUACAACCGUCCACACUACAAGUCAAGGAAAAUGAAGAAAGAAAGAAGAAAUUCGUCGGAGUUGUGAACAGUGAUGAAACCCCUCCUCUUCUGACAGUUGAAAACUUUUCUUCUUGGGAAAAAGUGACACGUGUAUUAGCAUGGGUACACAGAUUUGUUAGCAUGCUAAGGUCCCAUACUACAACCACCACCAAAAAGAAACUGAAAACGGUCAACGUAGAUUUUGGAAAUAUACCAGAACUUCAACCAGAGGAAAUUCAAAAAGCUGAACAGAACUUGAUAUCAAUGUCUCAAAAGGCAAGCUUCAAUGAAGAAAAGAAUUUACUGCUGAAGAACAAACCGCUACCAAAGUCCAGUAGAAUAUUCUCUUUAAAUCCCUUCAUUGAUCAGUCUCUAAUAAGAAUGUCGAGUAGAAUACAUAGUUCACCAGAAAUAAGCGAAGAACAAAAGCAUCCUAUCAUUUUAGACGGCAAAAGUCAUACGGCUAAACUUAAUCGUAAAAAUGUUUCACGAGAAAUGUUUCCAUCAGGGCAUCGAGACUGUUAUCAAUAUGACUAG